UGUGUGUGUUGGGGCCUUUUUGGGGCGGGGAGGCAGAGGAAGCCACUUCACAGUUUCUCAUUCUGGAGAGCUUAUUCCGAAGCUAUUCCCCCGGUGACACUUGGCCGAGCCCGGGGCGACCGGGAGGACGCGCUCUGCUCUGCGGCGGUGUGGGCCGGGGAGAGUUGGAACCCUAACCUGGUACAGUUGGGGUCCGGGAAAUAACCGAAACCCCGAUCUGGCCCUCGGAUGGCCCUCCUCCUCGUCCCGGGUGAGGAGCCCCAAGGCUAUGGGGAGACUCGAAAUCGGGGUACUCAGCCCCUCUUUGGAUUUUUUUUUUUUUUUUGCAUGAAGUUCCCCGCGCGUCACCAGAGCGAAAUGUCAGACAGAUUAAGAAUGACCCAAAAGAAAUCAAAGCUUUGUUCCACCGUCAACGUGUACUCUCAAGUGCCUGAUGGAGGAUGGGGCUGGGUAGUAGCUGUUUCUUUUUUCUUCAUUGAAGUCUUCACCUAUGGCAUCAUCAAGUCAUUUGGUGUCUUUUUUACUGACUUAAUGGAAGUUUUUCAUGAAUCCAACAGCAGGAUCUCGUGGAUCAUAUCAAUAUGCGUGUUUGUCUUAACAUUUACAGCGCCCCUGUCCACCGUCCUGAGCAAUCGCUUCGGACACCGGUUGGUGGUGAUGGUGGGAGGGCUGCUGGUCAGCACCGGGAUGGUAGCGGCCUCCUUCGCACACAAGGUUUACCAUAUGUACAUCUGCAUUGGGAUCGUCUCGGGUUUCGGAUACUGCUUCAGUUUUCUCCCAACCGUCACGAUUCUGUCGCAGUACUUUGACAAGAGACGCUCGGUAGUCACUGCCGUUGCUUCUACAGGAGAAUGCUUCGCUGUAUUUGCGUUUGCACCAGCCAUCACGCUCCUGAAGGAGCACAUUGGCUGGAGGCACAGCCUCCUCUUCGUGGGGCUGCUACAGUUGAACAUCAUGGUGUGUGGGGCCCUGCUCAGACCCGUUAUCAUCAGAGCACCAGGGUCUCCCAAAACCACCUCUCACGAACACCGCAAAGAAGUGCAAUAUAUGCUUGAAAACGAGAAAACAAGAACCUCAAUCGACUCCAUUGACUCAGGAGUGGAACUAACUACCUCACCAAAAAACGUGCCUAGCCACCCUAACUCAGAGCCGGAGCCCAGGGGGGACCAGCAGCAGACCCUAAUGUCUGGCUGCAAGCACAAGGAGAAGAAAGCACCGUUGUUGGACUUCUCCAUCUUGAAAGAGAAGAGUUUCAUCUGUUACGCAUUAUUCGGUCUCUUUGCCACACUGGGCUUCUUUGCACCUUCUCUGUACAUCAUCCCACUGGGUAUCAGUUUAGGUAUCGAGCGGGAUCGUGCUGCAUUUUUAUUGUCAACAAUGGCAAUUGCCGAAGUGUUUGGCAGAAUCGGAGCUGGUGUGGUACUCAAUCGAGAGCCGAUCCGCAAGAUCUACAUCGAGCUCAUCUGCGUCAUCUUACUGACUGUGUCUCUGUUCGCCUUUCCUUUUGCCACAGAAUUCUGGGGUCUCACGUCAUGUAGUGUGUUUUUUGGGCUUAUGGUUGGGACGAUAGGAGGGACUCACAUCCCGCUGCUGGCUGAAGACGAUGUGGUGGGGAUCGAGAAGAUGGCUUCAGCAGCGGGGGUCUACGUGUUCAUUCAGAGCAUCGCAGGGCUAGCAGGGCCCCCCCUGGCAGGUCUGCUGGUGGACCAAAGUAAGAUAUACAGCAGGGCCUUCUACUCCUGCUCGGCUGGCAUGGCCCUGGCUGCCCUCUGCCUCGCCCUGGUGAGACCAUGCAAAACGGGACUGUGCCAGCCCCGUCGCUCAGGUGAAACAAAGACAGAGAACCAGCGUGGGAAGACGCUACAGGACAUACCCGAGGACUUCCUGGAAAUGGAUCUGGGGAAAAACGAGCACAGAGUUCAGGCGAAAAUGGACCUAGUAUGACACAUUCUCGGGUAACAAUGGCUGGGAAGCAGGGGAGCCCAGGAGAGAUGGGGAAGUUCUAGAGAAGGCACUAACCACUGGAUGCCACUCUCAAGGGAAAUGGAUAUGCCAAUAGCACUACCAACACCUUUCUUUUCCCUAAGUUUUCCUUUUUGGUUGUUGCGUUUUGUUUUUUUUUUUAAUAUCAAACCAAACAAAUAAAAACACUCAAACAUGUUUCCCCUUAGAAUCUAGCUCUAUUUUGUAGCAAUACCAAGAUCUAUCUUUUGUUUACAAUGUUAAUACAGUGAUAUGAAUUGGCCAAAUGGUCACUUGUAAGAGCACUCGUGAAAACUAUCCUCUGAAAGAAAAUUGGCUAUUCCAAAUUCAAACCCAGGGAGGUGUUACAAAAUUUCCUUAUUUUUAGAAAUAUGAGUUGUUUUUAUAAACAAUUUGAGAAAAAGGCCGAGGCUUCUGUCAAUAAAUCAUGGCCUUUGAAUUUUUGAAGUACUACCUAGAAAUGCAGCACUGUUUAAACCCCAACGUUUGAUUAACAUGCAAAAAGUAAAACCACAUAACAACAUAUAUAACUUGAACUUCAUAAAUGUGAAGAUUCCUUUAUGGCCAGUCAGAACUAGAUGUAUUUUCAUACAGAAGAGACUAAAUUGCAUUUUUUAAAAAAGUGUUUCCUGUUGCUUUUAAUUUUUCAGAAAUAUGUGAUUGUAGUGUCUUUAAUUUAAACCACUAUUUAUUUUUUAAGUUAUUCUAGGAUGAUUCAAGGUAAUCAAAAGAAAGAAGAGGUAAUCUGCAGAAUGUUUUCUUUUUUUACCUCCUUUCCACAAUCCUUUAAAUGUCUAGAAGAAUUCUUCUUGUCUUAUAAAGUUAUCAAAGACCAAUUUAUUCUUCAGUAGCUAAAGGCAAUGUGUGCUAUUUUAAAGGGGGAGAAAAUAAUAGAUGGCUAGUAGCCUUAGUUUUUAAGUGAUCAUUUGUUUUUAUCACCUUAAUACUUGAGGAUCUUCUUUGAUCAGAAUCACAUUUUACUGAAUUGUUGAAGCAUUUCUGACCCCCCCUCCCUUUUUUUUGUUUUUUUUUUUUUUUUGUAACUGUUAAAGUAUUUCACUUAGGAGCAGCAGAGACUGAUGUUACCAUCACAGGUUAUGAGUUUUGUCAUUAACUUGACUUGGGUGACAGUACGUACAUAGUAAUUCUCAUUCUCACAGUUUUGCUCGUGUGAGGAUGAUUCUUCUGCAUCUCACCCUGCAGAUGAUGGUCAAUGCUUGCCACUCCAUCUAGACUUGUCUUUACUAUUCAUUUAUGACAACUCAGGGGGAAAAGACAACAAGCCUAGUUUGGUUACAGGUACACACAAGCUUGAAUAUUUCUCUGCACUGAAAUGAAAGUGACAUAUAGUUCAUUACCACCGGCUACAUUUUUUUUUUUUGUAUAGCAUUCUAUCAGCCAUAGAAAUAGGACAAUCUUUAAAAACUUUGGGGAGGUGACAAAGGAAAUGACAAGUGUCAAAAACAAGACACACCUAAAACAAGGUGCAUGUAGCAAAUCUCUGUCACUGCUUACAUAAAAGCUCUGAGCUGGUGGCAGUUUUGCAAACUUAACCUGACUUCAGCACUUUACAACCUAUUUUGUACUAUGAAUGUUCAAUACAAUUUAAUAUUUAUAACUCAUGUCCAAGGGAUCUGCUCUGUGUCCACUAUGUUAACUGCAUGAGAAAACAAAAUGUAUGCCAAUUCCAGUAUGCCAACAAACAAGGGUUUAAAUGUUUAGAAGAAAAUGAAAACCAGAUGAUUGACUUAUUCUGUAUUAGCGACAUUCUGGUACUUCUAGAUUUGCAAUAAAUUUAUGGCUUCUUA